AUGUCUUCCGUCAAGUCCGCCAUUGCUCUCGUCAGCGCCUUCGCCGCUGGUGCCUUCGCCCACGGCAAGGUCGACGGCUACCUCUUUGACGGCACCUACUCCCCCGGCUACAGCCUCGACUCGUACUACCUCAAGCUGAACGGCGGCACUCCCCCCGUCAUCGCCGCCUGGUCCGCCGAGAACCUCGACAACGGCUUCGUCGACGGCACCGGCUACGCCACCGCCGACAUCAACUGCCACAAGAACGCCGCGCCCGGAGGCUCCUCCGCCAAGGUCGCCGCCGGCGGCACCGUUGAGUUCCAGUGGUCCGCCUGGCCCGAGUCGCACUUCGGCCCCGUCUUCACCUACGCCGCCAAGGUCGACGGCGACUUCGCCUCGGUCGACAAGACCACCCUCAAGUGGGUCAAGAUCGACGAGGCCGGCUAUGACGCCGCCACCAAGGAGUGGGCCGCCACCAAGCUCAUCAAGAACAACAACACCUGGACCUCCACCAUCCCCUCCGACCUGGCCCCCGGCAACUACGUCCUCCGCCACGAGAUCAUCGCCAUGCACGGCGCCGGCUCCCUGAACGGCGCCCAGAACUACCCCCAGUGCGUCAACGUCGAGAUCUCCGGCUCCGGCACCGCCAACCCCGAGGGCACCCUCGGCACCGAGCUGUACAAGGCCACCGACGCCGGCAUCCAGUUCAACCCCUACGGCACCAUCACGGACUACGCCAUCCCCGGCCCCGCUCUGUACGGCUCCGGCUCCGGCUCCCAGCCCACCACUCCUACCACUCCCACUACUCCCACCACCCCCAUCAACAACGGCACCGCUCCCGCCACCCCCUCCACCCCUACCACCACUCUCCCCUCCGCCGCCCCGGCCGUCUCUGACGAGGCCGACUACGGCUGCGCCUCCAAGAAGGCCCGCCGUCACGCUCGCGCUUUCCGCUUGUAA